AUGAUACAUGUCCAGUUGAAAGUUGUAUUAGAUUUCAACCGAGAUGUCCGCAUGAGAAAGCUUGACAGGGAUGGAAAGAACAACUUUCCAACUUCUGGUAAGUUCAACCCAUAAACCCCAAUAAGCGUUUCGCCAAGUAAAUGGAAUUUGGGGACCACACGAGGCAAAGAGAAAGUGUUUUGACAUCGGCAUGAUUCGCACCCACGCACGACCUCCAAGUUAGAUAUGCUGUUGCUCUGCUGGUUAUGCUGUGAACCCUGCAUGGAGCAAGUCGAGGGUAAUUUGUGUGGCAGAUCGCGUAGAGGGUAGAAUGUGUAAUUAAGUGAACGUACAUACCUAGUACUGAUCUCAGUAUUAUCUGCCAUGUACAUUGUUAGUACUGUGUAGCAAUGAUGCAACACUCAAUUAUCUCUGGAGUGAAAACUCAUCGACUGCUACAAAAAAUCCUUUAAACCCCGAUUAGCGUUUAUUUUAAUAAAAACACUACUACAUGAGCAAUGUGUAUUUCAACUUUUUAUUAUUUCAGAGUUCCUGUCGCUACCUAACUGCGGAAAUUGAUAUAAAAGCUUCUGUUCCUAGGAGUUCUAAGCAGGAAUUUACUCUCGGCAUCAGCAAGUGAGUGCUUUGAGUUUGCAAGUCUUCAGCUUCCUAGCUUUCUGCCCUUUUUAACUUUAAUCUCUUUCUAUUAUAGAGAAGAUCAAGGUUACCGCAAUCUAAACUUAUCAACGCGGACAAUGGGAAGACUUGUUUCUUUGGGAACUGAUUUUUUGUGGAAAUUCGACGGAGUGUAUAGGCGUUGAAACGUAUUUUGCGUAAACCGCUGACACUCAAACCGAAUUACACAAUAAAUCAGGGAACAGUGAAACGUAGGGAUACCAAUCUAAAAUUAUUAAAGUGGACAACGGGAAUCCUGGUUUGUUUGGGAACUGAUUUUUUUGUGGAAAUUCGACGGGGUGUAUAGGCGUUGAGACGUAUUUUGCGUAAACCGCUGACACUCCAACCGAUAUUACACAAUGAAUCAGGGAACAGAGAAACGUAAGGCCGGAUACCAAUCUAAACUUAUCAACGCGGACAAUGAGAAUCCUGGUUUGUUUGCGAACUGAUUUUUUGUGGAAAUUCGACGGGGUGUAUAGGCGUUGAGACGUAUUUUGCGUAAACCGCUGACACUCCAACCGAUAUUACACAAAAAAUCAGGGAACAGAGAAACGUAGGGCCGGAUACCAAUCUAAACUUAUCAACGCGGACAAUGGGAAUCCUGGUUUGUUUGCGAACUGAUUUUUUGUGGAAAUUCGACGGGGUGUAUAGGCGUUGAGACGUAUUUUGCGUAAACCGCUGACACUCCAACCGAUAUUACACAAUAAAUGAGGGAACAGAGAAACGUAGGGAUACCACUCCAAUUUGGGUACUUUUCAAAUUGGAAACUCAUACUGGUUCCCGGAGAUAUAAGAACCAUAAGAUACCCCUCUCAUUGAGAUUCUUUCCAACGCAAAAACUUAUUCUAACUUUCUAGUUUCUUUUAUUUCUACAGGUAAUGGUUGAGCACAUUUUAUUCCCAGAUUUGUAACCUUCAUUGUCUCUAGUGUUGUUGUUUUAGAUCGGCCACAAAACUGGGCUUUGUAGGCCGACUUUUAUUCAGUCUUUCCAGGUCAAAGCGAAGAUGUGUAUAAUUGGAGCUAAAAUUAUUAGGUGGAAAUUUGGGAUCCUGAAUCCUGACUGACCACAGACGGCUGCUUUUGGUUGAACUGUUGUAUCUUCGAGUUUGGCUGGUAUGAGUAUAUUACGUAAUGCAUUUCUCUUUUAGAAGGGUCUUUUAUAAAAUAUACUAUCACGAUUUCCCUUAGCAACGGCUGGCUUUUUAUAAGAGGCCAUAUCUCAUUGAGAUGUUUUUUGGACUUCAAGCAAAGCAAAGCCAUCGUUCUUUCGUGAUCGUUGACUUUCAACAGAUUCUUAUCCAUUAUUUUAUCUGAAUAACUAGGCUGGAAAUAUUCUUGUAUUACUCUUAAAUUGAAGCUUAUGUCAUUUCCGGUUCAUUUCCGGUUCAAUCGAACUGUUAUUAGCAUUGAACAUUUGACUUUGUUAACGGUGCAGUUUUUUUAAGAUUGCUUGCCAGUUUUUUUUGUUUAGAGAAAGGGUUAAUUAUAUCAGAUAAGUUUAAAACAAUUGUAUUUUAUUAACAGAUUUUCAAGACAAAAUAAAUAAAUCCUAUUGAAAAUCUCAGUCUCAAAUUUCAGCUACGAUAUUUUAUAAAAUAUAUUCUGGUAAAAAAGAAAGAGUGUAGUCGUAGCGCCUCAACCUUAAUAAACUAUUUUUAACUUUUAAAGAAAUUGUAAAGAAAUGUUUGAUUUGGAAAAUCUCUUUCGGUUUAGUGUUUUUUCGAGGUGUACGCACAUCAAGGAUUUUUUCUAUUUUUAUUAUUUCUCCUUUGUUUAUACAAGUAUUCAGAAUAAUUAUUUCUGUCCCUGUUUUCUAACAGGUACGAGUGUUUGCCAUUUUGAAUUUAUUGUAUGCCCUGCACAUGAAGUCUACCCGUGUUAUAAUGCGGUGCUACUAGAAAUAGAUGAACUGGUAAGUUUUUGCUACCUUCAACUUGCUUUAUCUGCAAGAAAAAUAAACUUAUUUGACUUAAUUUAGGCCUUUUGAACAUUCUUGCUUGCUGGGCUGUAGUCGUGUUUACGUUUUAUUAAUAAGCCCUGAAUUUUUGUUGUAAAUUUGUUUAUAAGCGAAAGUUUUUUAUGAGUAAAUGGCUUGGUGGAUAUGUGAUAUACGUCAGCAAACCCUAUUUACACAGUAAGCCAAGCUUAGAGUAAUAAAAUUAAGUUAAAUUAAUCUGUUUUCAAUUUAAGCAGAGAUGGUUUCAUCAAACUGAUUAAUUUUUUUUCUCUCAAUUUAUUUUAAAAUACUUUUUACAGCGGAAACAGGGCGAGAGCUCCAAACCAACAAACCCCAGUAAAAUAUGUAUGUUUACACUUGUUUUCCUGGCCUUGUUUACAGUGACUGUCACAGAUUAAAGUAAUCUUCCUUGUUUUAUGAGGAUCUGCCAAAGCAAAGAACAAGAGUAAGAAAGUGGAAGAGGAAGAUUAGUAACACUAAACAAGAACAUGAUGGAUAAAACAUCGGCAACACUGAAGUGAAGUAAGUUUACGAGUCUUUCGCUUAGAAAAUCGAGCUGGAAAAGCUUAGUCAAUAAAAUGUACGUCAAAAGGAUAGGUCUUUUUACCCGCCACUGUUGAAGGAGAAAGACCGUGGAGAAGAGAGGUCAUUUGAGAAGAGUGCUUCAUAAAUUGAAAAGAAGGGGGUAAAAAGAUUACUUACAGCAAAGUAUCAAUUUAGCCGUCCUGCAGACCAAAUUCUGAUGGAGCCAUGAGAACUCAAAACAGCAACAACAACAACCAAAAUAGCUCUUUGAAAUGCCCAUUCCAGCCCACGCUGGGACUCAUUUGAUACCUUGGGUCCAAAAUAGCCCUAAACAAUCGAACUGUAUUGUAGUUGAGAAUUCUGAUCCAUAUUAAGAUAAUGUUUACCACAAAGCCAAUGCCAACAAGCAAUAGCUGCGGUUAACAUUGGAUACUCAUAUCCAAAAAAGAAAGAUUUUCCAGUAAUCAGAGACUUAGUUAUGCAUGCGCAUAGGAUUAUGGCAUCGCCAGGGGGCAAAUAUUGCAGGUCGCUGCCAAGAAGUGUAUGGCGUGGAGUUGUUUCUCCGUUAAAAAAGCAGUGUCUUUGGACACAGAAUGCUGCAUUUUGCCGUGAUUUUAUCUGCAGCGGGGGAGACUUAGUUACGCUCGGCUCGGCGGCGAUCACAACGCUGUGCCGGUUUGUGACAACGAUCGAAGGUAUGUAUUGAAUUUUAUGUGUAUUGUUGUCUUGUCACAACCCACACGCACAGCGCUGAUCGUGGCCGAGCGUAGUUACACACCACGUAAUUACAACUAAAAAGCUUAAAUGAGCCCCUACAUUUAUACCUAAAUUUGCACUAUAUAUUCGAGACCUUUUCGUCAUGUAGAUCACUGUGUAAAUUCAGUAACAAUAAAUUUCACACUCAACCUCACGCAAGGAGUGUUUAUCGAUAGAAUUUAUCGCAUUAAUUAUGCAGAAACUUGAAAUUUCAACGCACACGGCAAAAUACGGCAUUCUAUGCCCACAGACACUUCUUUUUAACGGAGAAAGAACUCCACGCCAUACAUUUCUUUGUAGCGACUCGCAAUGUUUGCCCCCUGUCGAUCCCAUAAUCCUGUGCGCAAAACAUGCGUCUCCGAUUACUUAAAAAUCAUUCAUUUACAUCUGAUAAAUUAAUGGAGAAUUUUAAAUUUCUUUCUCAUAAUCAACAGCUUAACAGGAAGAGAACCUAGAGCCCCAAUCAAGUGUCGUGCCUUACAGAGAAGCGGAAAUCUGA